ACACAUUAUUUUUGUAUUAUUAAUAUUAUUUUGACUGUCAAUCGGUUUAUAUACAAACAAACAAACAAAAAAUUCAUACAUUGUUUUAAACAACAAAUUUAUUAUUAUUUUGAUCCCAAAAAACCAUGGAUGAAGUAACCGAUGUGGACAUAGAUUGCGGUAGAUUUAAGUAUGUAUUGAUUGAGGUCAAGGAUCCCAAGGAUGCCAACCAAACCAAAUAUAUUGUCAGGGGUUACAAAAGGGCACCAUUUCAUGGCGAUAUUGUCGAUGAAGUUGAACCACAGUUACGGCGACUGAAAUUGUUGAGCGAUUGUGUCGGCGGCGGACGUAUUCAACAUAAUGCCGACCAGAAAACCAUACUUGUCUUCGGCUACAGUCAGGGCUACGGCAAGGCUGACCACUCGAUUGCCUGCGAAAUACUAAAGAAACGAUUUCCCGAUUACAAAGAGAUCAAGUGGUCAGAUGAAGGAUAUUAAAGAUCGGGUUUUUUAAGUUUAUUUUUAGUUGAUUUAAAAAAAAUUUGAUUUUUUUUUUGGUUUAAGAUGUGAUUGAAUUUUCAAUUAUUUUUUUUAGGUA